AUGCUGCUGGAGGAUCAGGAUUUUAAUUUUUUUCUGCAACUUUUCCACAACAUCAUGCCACACGUGGACAUCCUCUAUGCCAAACUCCAGAAGAAGGACAUAGAUUCAGUCCACAUUAAGGGGAGCAUCCAGCAGUUCCAGCAGGACAUACAGAAGAUCAGAAAUUCUCUCCAUUCUCUGGUUAACCAAAGCAGUGAAGGAGCUUCUCAACCAAAGAGGCGGCGGUUGCUUAGUCCAGACGUCCAUGAACGGAUUGCAACAGAGGUCUGUGACACCAUACUCCAACACACCAUGGAACGGUUCUGCUUCACAAGCCACCUCGUUAGUGCCACCCUGCUGCAAGCAGACAGGUUUGAACAGUACACAGUGGCGUUUCCUGAAGAUGCACUGAGUAGGACUUUGAAGGCCUAUCCAGUGCUCAAUGGGAGUAAGUUAGAGACAGAGCUUAGUCUCAUCUACUGCAAGGAAGAGUUCAGAACCUGUUGUGGUGCUGUGGACCUACUGCAGCUGUUUAAGGAGAACAAUCUUGAAGAAGUCUUUUCAGAGACUGUCACUCUCCUAAAGAUCCUCAUCACCACACAAGUGCAAGUAAAGCAAGGAGAGGUAGAGAGGAGAGAAUAGCAAAGUUAAAAAGUUCCUUUGUUUCUCUAAGCACUACAUAUGCAUAGCUCUGUCAGUGUGGACAAUUUGCAUCCAAUAACUGAAAUUGAUUACAGAAAGACUAUGAUUCAAAUUAUAGUACUAUAACAUACAUCACCUGGUGGUGAUCAGGAUCAGU